UAACAGCUAAAAGACKUUGAUGAGAGGGAGYUCCGGUCUCGAUUCCUGUCCGGAACGGAGUCCAAGGCCGARUCCAAGUUCUGMGGGUCCAUAUUUGGKUGCAUGCCUUGAUGAACACCUUAAUUAUGAUGYAUAGCGUCUUUUAAACGUCGUSUUUGUAUGGGAUACUCGUGUACUUAACUCUACACGAUAGUCAGAAAGCCUUGCACCUGAACAUGAUUGGCUAUGUUGUUGCUCUUGUUGUCAUCAUUAUGCUACAUUAUCUGUACACGAGAAUACAGGAACCAGGUAACCUCCCACCUGGACCCAUGCCCUUACCGUUGGUUGGAAAUGUUCUGCACAUGCUGUCAUCAAUGCCCAAUGUUCACCUGGCCUUUGAGAAGCUCGCAAAGACGUAUGGGAAUAUCAUGACUGUCUAUAUCAACGGUCAGCGGACUGUGGUUGUAUCAUCGGGUGAAAUAGCUCGAGAGGUAUUGGUAACAAAGAAGGACGAUUUUGCUGGACGUCCCUACAUUUUCUCAGCUGAUUAUGCCACUCGCGGCUGUAAAGAUAUAGCGUUUAACGACUUCUGCCCAACAUUGAUCCUCCAACGCAAGGUUAUGCACACUGCCCUUCGCCUUUAUAGACCCAAAYUGGAAGCAGCCGUUUGCCAUGARGCUGAUAAACUUGUUUCGAUUGUUAAAGACUUGGAUGGCAAACCGUUUGACCCUUAUCGYCCUUUGUCGUUCGCAGUCCUUAAUGUUAUCUGUGGAAUGGUUUUUGGGYGUCAMUUUSAAUAUGAUGAUCCUGAGUUUCUUGAAGUGGUUCAAUUCAAUGAACAGAUCGCGCGCUCUUUUGCAGCAGUCAGCGCCAUCGACGUUUUCCCUUUUCUCAUCCACUUUCCACUCGAGCAAUCGAAAUUUUUGAAAGAAAGCAAAUGUAACCGAGAUAAAUUUCUUGAAAAGGAACUAGAAAAGCACAUGGAAUCAUUUGAUGCAGACAAUAUCCGAGACAUUACCGACGCGUCAAUCAAGGCACUUCGAGACUCAGAGGACGAAGAUAGCAAAUACCGUAACUUGAUGACACGUGACCAUGUYCUAAUGACSYUAGGAGACAUGUUUUCCGCAGGCAAUGAAACUGCUGUCACAACAUUACGAUGGCUUYUUGCUCACCUUAUAAGAAACCCUGACGUUCAAGACAAACUGCAUGUAGAGCUCGAUCGUGCUGUUGGUCGAGAUCCAAAACAAGCGCCAACACUGAAGGACCGAGAGAAUCUACCUUACCUUGAAGCAAGCAUUCUUGAAACGAUGCGAAUGGCAUCUCCAGUCCCACUUGCAGUACCUCACAAAACCACGCGCGACACGACGGUGCAAGGUUAUUCUAUUCCAAAGAAUACAACGGUAAUUCUAAAUCUAUGGGCGAUACAUCACAACAGCGAUGACUGGCAGAAACACGAUGUGUUCGAUCCAUCAAGAUUUCUAGGUGAAGAUGGUAAGAUAUCUUCUGCCAAAACUCGAAAUCUUCUUCCUUUUGGAGCAGGACGAAGAGUUUGCAUCGGAGAGACCGACUCCAAGACAGAGAUGUUUUUAAUUGCAUCUCGAUUGCUGCACCAAUUUAGACUUGAAAGAGCAGGAGCAUUGCCUGAAAUGACUGGUGACCUCGGGAUUGUGAAUUUCCCCAAGCCUUAUAAGAUACGUGGAUUACCAAGAUCCUGCUGCUUCCCGCCGAUAAUCAACCAUUCUUGAAAUCACGUCUACUUUGUAAAGCUGCAUCGCAAGUUUUUCCCCGCAACCGAUGGUUCCGCGACGGUACCUUUUUUCUAACACAGUGAUUGACACCUGACAACAUUGAUGAAGAUGACUUUGAUAAGAGAAUCAUUGACUGUUCGUCAAUGUAUUGUUUCCUUGUUUUCUAUUCACAAUGAAACAUUCAACGUUUGGAGUCAUUUACUACCAGCCUUUGGCUUCAUGACAU